UACAAUUGAGAACGUCACACGUUGUACGUGUCUUGAUUUUGGGUAACUUUGUAGCUACCCCAUGUAGCAUCUCAUGCAUAGGCUGUAUGAUCUCAUGUAGUUCCUGAACCGGGCGUUACGUGAUAGCAUAGUGGCAAUGUCGGACGGUUGCGGCGGAUGCACCAGGAAACAGAAGAAAGGUUUGCGGAAGUGUCAACGACACGCUAAAACAUGGCGACCCGCACGCGAUUGCCCUUGCAGUCAGUAUUUUAUAAAAAUGGAUUAUUGUUCAGAAGCGGACGACUUGUUCAUACUAAGACAGACAUACAGCAGCCAGCAUACCCUCCCAUAGUACCUUCUCUUACUGCUAAAAGCAAGUCUGCGAAGAAGCGCCAGUUAGAAGAGCACGUCAACAAAGUUUGUACUGCCAGUGAUGUACAGGAGAAAUUGACACUACUUACUAAAAUACAGCGAAAGAAGUACGUGUUGCAUCCGCAGACAUUCGCUUUGAAUUCCGAUAAGUGGUACCAGCAUUUCACUAAGACCGCAUACCUACCUGGCUUACCGGAUACAUUCUCAAUCGUUACCGAGAGCAAAGAUGAAUCGGCCCCUGACGCUCUGCCGAGUGUUCCAUCACCAUCAGCCACCAUUGAUGAGAAUGCAUAUGCAGACAUACGAUUGCAUUUUAUCAAUGCUAUUUUGCAAGAGAACUGGUACAUGAAGAAACCCAGGCAUUUCACGUAUAGAGAACAAGAGCAUAACGUGGCCCCUUUCCUGAGGAACCUGAUGUCUGGACUCACCUACGCACUGGCAAAGCACAACCCUGUGCUUCAGUGUUCAAGCCUAGACCUGGACCCUCAGGUCAACUUCUACUGGCUAAGAGGGCAGAGGACCAUCCCUAGGGGACACCGGAGAGGCAGAGUGGAGCCCAUCAGAUUUCAGAUUGAUGACAAACCACAUAGUCAAAUUAGGGUACAUCAACAGCUUCCAGAGUUCAUCCCACUUGAGGCAUCAAACACAGCAGAUGUCCCAGAAGUCAAGUUUGCUCCUGACCUGCUGCCCAUGUUCAGACGGCAGUACGACAACAACAUCUUCACAGGUGCCAAGGUCCCUGACCCGGCCUGCUAUGGACACACCCAGUUCCACCUGGUCCCGGACCGGUACCGGCGAGACAACAUGAUCAAACGUAACUUGGAGGACCAAAUCGAGGUCUUCCUGAGGGCCAAUGCCAUUGCCAGUCUCUUUGCAUGGACUGGGGCCCAGGCCAUGUAUCAAGGUUUCUGGAGCUACCAGGAUGUGACCAGGCCCUUUGUGUCCCAGGCUGUGAUCACAGACGGACAAUACUUUUCGUUCUUCUGCUACCAGUUGAACACACUGGCCUUGUCCGCGGAGACUGACUCAGGGAACCCCAGGAAGAACGUUCUCUGGGGGACAACGAGCAUGCGUCUGUAUGAAUCUGUCCAAGAUGGGGCUGUGGUCGGCCUGGACGACUCUGUGCUGAAACUGCUGGUUCAGUUUUUGAUGAACAAGCCGUGAAUAGGACGAAUCAGGAAUGAGACUGCACCUGGGAGUCUUUGAAGUAUGUUGAUUACGUUGUAACUUAUGGUCAUACAUGACAAAUGUGUAUGGUAAAUAUGUAGUGUAUAUUCAUGUUGGAAAAUACUUGGGUGAAAUGGUUAAUUGGUUGUAAGAAUGGAUAGUUUCACUUGAACUCAAAUACAAAUACAUUUAAUGGGUCAAGUUUAGCCUCAAGUGUUUGUGAAUUUGGUUUAUUUAUUUUUGCCACUAGAUGGUGCAAAACAGUUUAUUACGUGAGAACCAUACACAGAUUGAGAUAAGUGAACACAUCAAAAAUGGACACAGGUUAUAUCUAAUGUAUAUUACCAUAUGCAUACAUUAUAAUGUAUUUAGUUCAAGUAAAGUAUAGGUAGCUAAACAUUUUUGUAUGGAUUUUGUAUAGGCACACUGCUUUUUGGAUACAAACAACCAAGACACCAGAAGUUAACAGAAUCCCAGAACAGUGUAGAGUGGUACCUUAUGUAAUAUUCAUUUAGCAAAUGCUUUAAAGUUGCUGAGUUAAGGCACUGCACACAUAAAUCAGACUUGACUAAAAUAAUAAGUGCAGUAGUACAAGUAAAACUAGCAGCAUACUUCUGUUUGAAGGUUGAAGCUAGGCGGAGGCUGAAGUCCUUUCUGUUUGGAACAGGCACAAUAUGCUCUUCAAUAUGCCUUACCAAACGACACAAACCUUUACAUCAUAGUGAUUGUGCAAACUAGGGUGGGCGAUACUGCAAAAUUUGGUAUCGAUCCGAUACCAAGUAAAUACAGGGCCAGUAUUGCGGAUACCGAUACUUUUUACUUUGAAAAGCAGCUGAUCUACUUUUGUGUAGGGGAAAGCAAUGCCUCAUAAUUGAUGAAGUGAAUGCAUCAUCAAUAUGCUAAUUUGAAUGAAAAUAAAAAAUGAUUAUGUAAUUACUCCCUGUAACUCCCUUUACAUUAUAGUGGUUGUGCAAACACCGCUCCUCUUACUUCGCUCAAGCUCACUUUGCCCCUCCCCUGCCUCCCCUGCUAUGCUGUGAGUUGUUGCCGGCGUGCACAUGCAGCACAUGACUCAGUCAGCAGCACACUGAUGGCUGCAUAAUGGCAGAGAGAAAGAGAAGCGCCGUCUGGAGUUACUUUACAGCUGAGGACACAAACACUGCAAGCUGUGAUGAACAUACGGUACUGUGGCAACACCACAAAUUUAAAUAAUUACAUGAAAACUCACGCAAAAGAGAAAUCCGAGCUGCAAAGUAAACGGAUGGAGGAGGAGGGGAACCCCCCCCCCCCCCAAACCAGAACCCUGGCACCGAGACAGAGCUCACUGGCAGAGGCCUUUCAGCAUGGUCAGAAAUAUCCAGGUAGCUGUAUCGGUAUCGGCAAAACUGGCCCUGUAUUUACUUGGUAUUGGAUCGAUACCAAAUUUUGCAGUAUCGCCCACCCCUCGUGCUAAUAUGUUUUCAAGCAGGAUAUGGAAGAACAGGAGCAUACAGGAAUAAUACAAGCGUACAGAAAGAUAUGGAACUCCUCAUUCAGUAAGGCUGACUCACUUUUCUUUGGGUUACAAAAUACAUUGCAACUAUUCAUUUGUGACAGACUGUGGCCAUAGUUUUGCAACAAUAA